CUUUGGGGCUGCAGGCGAAGGCCGGGUGUGCAGGAGGAAGGCGCUCGUCGGGGCACCUCGGCGACCCAACUGUACAGGAGGUACGAUCAGGGGGCUGGAUCAGAAGUAGGGCAGCUGGGACUCAAACUGAUGCCCAUAUUGGAUGCCGGUGUUGAAGGCAAUGGCUUACCUCACUAUGCCACAAUGAGGGUCCCUUGAUCUGCAUCUUGAACCCAGCUCUCUGCUGUGGCCUGGGGAAGCAGGAGAAGAUGACCAAGUCCUUGGGCCCCUGCACCCACGUGGGAGACCUGGAAGAAGCUCCUGGUUCCUGGCCUCAGAUUGACCCAGCUCCGGCUGUUGCUGCCAUCUGGGGAGUGAAUCAGUGGAUGGAAGACCUCUCUCCCCCUCUCUCUCUGCCUCUGCCUGUCUUCUGGGAUGUGAAACUGAAAAUGAUAACUCAGAAUAUUCCUGAUGAAGAAUUAUCCUGUGAUGUAGAAAUGGAAGGAUUUAGGACAGAGAGUCCCUGUUUCUCCACUGUAAGUGACAGUUGGGAUUAUGAGAACCAAGAGGAACAUUUGAGGCAGUCAGCUUUAACCCAGGAGAAACCAGGGGCUCAGGAAACAAGUUGUGAAUGUCCUGGUUUUAGGGAGAAUGUGAAUGCAAACUCAGACCUUUCAACACCUCGGAGAGUUCCUAUAACAAAUGGCUUUCAUAUACAUGACUCAGAUGUUCAAAGUUUGGAUUGUGAUCUAACCCUACACAGUUGUCCCCAAAGUUAUACGGCUAAGAGAACCAACAACAGUGAUGCCUGCGGAAAAUCCUCCAACCAUUCCAUGGAAGUUUUACAGCUUGGAAGAAAUCAAAUGAAAGAUAAAUUCUAUAAAUACCCCCAAAAUGUUAAAUCUUUCAAUCAUUUUACCUUCCUUGGUGAUCAGAAAAUAACAAAAAGAGCCAAGAAACUGUAUGAAGGCAAGGACUUUGAGGGCAUCUUUACCCUGGGUUCAUCUCUUGAUGAAAGUAGGAGGAGUUACCCUGGAGAGAAGCCAUAUAAAUGUACUGAAUGUGGCAAAUGCUUCAAACGGAAUUCCUCUCUUGUUUUGCAUCACCGGACUCACACUGGAGAAAAGCCUUAUACCUGUAGUGAGUGUGGAAAAUCCUUCUCUAAGAACUACAACCUGAUUGUGCAUCGAAGGAUCCACACAGGAGAGAAGCCGUACAAAUGCAGUAAGUGUGGGAAAGCUUUCAGUGAUGGGUCAGCUCUGACACAACACCAGAGGAUUCACACAGGUGAGAAGCCUUAUGAAUGUGUAGAGUGUGGAAAAACCUUCAACCGCAAUUCUUCCUUGAUUUUGCAUCAAAGAACUCAUACAGGGGAAAAGCCAUACAGAUGCAAUGAGUGUGGGAAACCCUUCACUGACAUUUCCCACCUCACUGUGCAUCUCAGAAUCCACACUGGUGAGAAGCCCUAUGAGUGUAGCAAAUGUGGGAAGGCUUUCCGAGAUGGUUCAUACCUUACCCAGCAUGAGAGGACCCACACUGGAGAGAAACCAUUUGAAUGUGUGGAAUGUGGAAAAUCCUUUAAUCGCAAUUCUCACCUCAUUGUGCAUCAAAAAAUCCAUUCUGGAGAGAAACCCUAUGAAUGUAAAGAAUGUGGGAAAACUUUCAUUGAGAGUGCAUACCUCAUCAGGCACCAGAGGAUUCAUACUGGCGAGAAGCCCUAUGGCUGUAACCAGUGUCAGAAACUUUUCAGGAAUAUUGCUGGCCUCAUCCGGCACCAAAGGACUCAUACUGGUGAGAAGCCCUAUGAAUGUAAUCAGUGUGGCAAAGCUUUCAGGGACAGCUCCUGUCUGACCAAGCACCAGAGAAUUCACACUAAGGAGACUCCAUACCAUUGUCCAGAAUGUGGGAAGUCCUUCAAGCAGAACUCUCACCUGGCUGUACAUCAGAGACUCCAUAACAGGGAGGGUCCCAGCCAGUGUCCUCAGUGUGGGAAAACAUUUAGAAGGAGCUCAUCCCUUGUCCGACAUCAAAGAACACACCCUAAGGAGCAACUUGUGGAAACAUAAUUAAUCUGGGCCACCUUAUUCUCUCAGUUUUGCAGAAAAUUCUCAGAAACCUUCAUGAAAUAGAAACUGAUUUCUCAAAUGAGUAAUGAAAAUAAUUAAGUUACAGAGGAUGGACACUCCUGACCUAAGAGGAGAUGCUGCUAUGUGGACUGGGAAAUUGGGAGAAGUCCUCUGCGGUGUUGCUGAGCUUACUGGAGAGAAACCUUGGAAAUACAACAACUAAAGAUAUGGUUCCUGGCCUGGAGCCAAAAGGCAUUUCCUGAGAAGAGUGACCUGUUAUUUAUACAGAGCUCCUUUGACCUUCACCUGGGUUUAUGCUGAGGUGACUUGGGAUGGGGUGAGAACAUGGUGGACCAUGAGAUUUAGUGAGUUUCAGGCUCAUCUGCAGGGUGGCAGCCUGGAGAGGACAAGGAAGCUCUAUGCACUUUCCAGUCCCCUUUGUAUCGCUGCUAUCUGGCUGUUCCCAAGUUAUAGCUUUAUAAUAAAUCGGUAAAUACAGUGUUCCUACAUUCUGUGAACCACUCUAGCAAAUUACUUUACCUGAGAUGGCUACGUAGGAAUGCCUACAUUUGGAUUCAGGUCGCUUGUGGCUGCUAUCUGACAUGGACUGAGGCUUUGACCUGUUGGGUCUGCUCCAAUUCAGGGUAGUUAGUGUCUGAAUUGAACUGUUGGAUGUUCAGUUAGUAUAGGAGAAUUGGUUAAUGCUGGGGAAAAAGUUAUACAUUUGUUGUUAGAAAUAAACAAACACUCCAGCAUCCACAGUAAAAAAAAUGAAUCUCAACAUAAACAUCACAUAUUACAUAAAAAUUAACUCAAAAUCGAUGAUGAGCUUAAAUGUAAAAAAUAAAACUAAAACUGUUG